GGACCCUCAUGAAGUUCACAGAAUUUGCUCUUAAGCCACCAUGCAGCAGUCAUCACAAUUCACAAAGUAUCUGCAUAGGCCUCUUCACACCUCACUCCAAAGAAUACUGGGUAAAGUCAAUGGUGCUCUUCUGUGGCUGAUACUUGAUAGUGUAAAUUAAAGGGUCAGUUGAAGAGUACAUACUUUGAUCAAUACGAUCUUAUGAAUCUUCAAUGGCCAAGACCAAGUGCUGGUUUGGUUGGGUAACCAGGCUCCUAACUUCUGAGGCAAGAACAAAACUUGAAGAGAAAUCGAAGAGGUGGAGAUGGUUGUUUGGAAAGGUCAAACAUAAGCAGUACCCUGCACUCUUAGCACCACAGAGAACACUGAGCGAAGCAACAGAAGAGCAGAGAAAGCAUGCUUUGACUGUUGCCAUAGCAACAGCAGCUGCAGCAGAGGUUGCAGUGGCUGCUGCUCAUGCAGCAGCCGAGGUUGUCCGGCUCGCAGGCGCUUCUCAAUCUUGCCAGCGCUUCAUGAAGCAAGAUAGAAAUUUGGCUGCCAUUAAGAUUCAAAGUGCUUACCGGGCACAUCUUGCAAGGAAAGCAUUGAGAGCAUUGAAGGGACUGGUGAGACUUCAAGCCAUAGCUCGUGGACGAGCUGUGAGAUGCCAAACAGUCACAUUGAAGUGUUCGCCACUGAGUGCAAAAAGACAGGCAGAGGUACAGGAAAAGAGCAUCCCUUCUGCAGAUGCAAGCCACAGAGAAUGUUAUAAGAAACAAUUUGACGGGGCAAAAGAUGAGUUUGGAGAAGAGGACACAAAGCUUGAAAGCAGCAGUCUGAGAACUUGGGACCGGAGCAUGGUUUUGAAGGAAGACAUGGAUGCUAUAUGGUUAAGAAAGCAAGAGGCCAUUACCAAAAGAGAGCGCAUGAAGAAAUAUUCAUUUUCACACGGGGAGAGGAGAAAUGCUCAAAUGCUGGAGGAAUCAGUGGACAACAAGAAAUUCGGAAAGAGGAGCUGCCGGCUAGAACAACUGUUAGACAAAGAGCAGGCAUGUAAUAUGGAAGGAGUGGGUGACAGGAAUGGGCAAAAACAAAUUAGACCCAGAAAUGAACGGAAGCAUGUUUCUCUAGGACUGGAUUCACAGUGGUCAUUCCCAAGGAGAUCUUUCUGUCAUGCGAAACAGAACUCAGAUACUAAUGACAGUUUGAUGCCAAAUUCUCCCAUUUUUCGAACCUACAUGAGUGCAACAGAAUCUGCCAAGGCAAAACAAAGGUCGUUAAGCACACCAAAGCAACGGAUCAUAGGGUAUUUGGAUGGAUGCCUUGAUCACAACUUUGCAAACAAGAACGAGCAGUACUACUCGUUUUGGUCUUCUUUUAAUACUGGUACCAAUGACGGUAGAGGUGUUUCUCAGUAGGCAUGUAUCUUCCUGCAACAUGGAUCAUCCUUGCUGAGUCUAAAAACAAGUUCAGUCCAACGGCUUUUUCAGGAAAAAAAAAAAACACAAUGUCGCAAUUAUUUCACAAACCCGUUUACGUUUUUAAGACAAAUAAUCAUGUCAAAGUUUAUUUCGACUUGGUUUUUGACAGGGAGAGGAAUUGAAGUACCUUCAUGCCAUAUUCAUGUCACAGCUACUUUUAUAUAUACAUACAGUUUAUCA